AUGGUAGCAUAUGUCGCACCAGCUGUUCUUUCACGCUUCCAACGCUAUGGAAAACUACAACGUGUUAUUGGAUAUUGCAUUAGGUUUAUAGACAAUUAUAUAAGCAAGAAAUUCAAAAGUGGACCUCUAACUACAGAAGAGCUUGAAAGAGCAGACUGUUCAAUUAUACGAAUGAUUCAAAGGGAAUGCUUCCCUUCUGAAUUAAAACAGCUGAAGUUGGGGAAAGAUAUCGACAAGACGAGCAAGUUGAUACAGUUGGCACCUUAUCUCGACGAAAAUGGAAUGAUAAGGGUGGGUCGUAGAAUUCGAAGAGCAGAAAUUUCAAUGGAUCAAAAAUAUCCCUUUAUUAUUCCAUUCAAGCACUUUGCGACAACUUUGAUUCUCCAAAGGGAACACAUUCGGUUACUACAUUGUGGACCCGAGCAACUUCUGAGUUCUGUCAGGCAUAGAUACUGGCCUUUAUCUGGACGAAGAGAAGCAAGAAAAAUAACUCAGAAAUGUAUUCAUUGUUUCAAAAUGAAACCUCAAACUCUGGACGUUUUAAUGGGAGAUCUUCCGAAAAGUAGGCUCUCGGGAAACCUUCGACCAUUUACAAAAACCGGAGUCGACUAUGCAGGGCCCAUUCUGAUCAAGGAGAGUAGACGACGAGGCAGAGUUCACGUAUCGAAAGCAUAUCUUUCGGUUUUCGUCUGUCUCAAUGUAAAAGCUAUUCAUCUUGAACUAAUAACUGACUUGACGACUGAGGCUUUCUUGGCAGCUUUAACACGUUUCAUUUCCAGAAGGGGUAUCUGCAGUGAAUUAUAUUCAGAUAAUGGAACAAAUUUUGUGGGCGCAGCACGAGAACUUCGAGAGAUGUACGAGUUUGUGAAAGUUAACGAGAAAGAAAUACAUGAAAAUUUGGCAGCGAAGAGGAUCCAAUGGAAAUUCAUUCCACCACGAGCACCACAUUUUGGUGGAUUAUGGGAGGCGGCAGUCAAACUGAUGAAAAAACACUUUUACACAGUUACCAAGGGCUUGACCUUAACUUUUGAGGAAUGUUAUACAUUGCUUACUCAAAUCGAAGCUCUUCUAAACUCACGACCUUUAUGUCCUAACCCUUCUGAUCCUCACGAUCUUAUUGCUUUAACCCCAUCCCAUUUCCUCAUAGGAGACUCACUAGUAGAACCUGUUCAAACUUCACUGAUUGAUACACCCGCUAAUCGGCUAUCACUCUGA